GGAGAUAAGACUAUCCCUCUACUUGUAACAGUGAUCUGUAACCCCAAACUGAUAUAGUCAGGUAAAACUACAGUGGUAAGGGAGAUGCUAGAAGAAAUGGGUAGCUGGAGCCGAAUAAGUUUAAGGAAGUCCUCCUGAAAGAGGAAGUCAUGAGGGACCCUGUGAGCAGCCAGUACAGCUCCUUUCUGUUCUGGAGGAUGCCCAUUCCCGAACUGGAUCUGUCGGAGCUGGAAAGCCUGGGUCUGUCAGACACAUCCAUCUACAAGGUCAAGGACAGCAGCGCUGGCAACAUGACGGGGCAAGCCACCGAAACAGAGCAGGAGAAACACCCCGAGGGCGACGCCCUCCUUCAGUACAGCACCUUCAACUUCUGGAGGGCCCCCAUCGCCAGCAUCCACGCCUUCGAACUGGACUUGCUCUAAGCCCGAGCCUUCUCUCCCACCACGCCUGCGUUGUCUGUCCGUCCCUUCCCCUAUUAAUCUUGCUUUCUUCCCUCUAUUGUGUUGAGGUGGUGCUGAUGAAUUUGCCAGAGUUGUGUCUUACUUAUUUAUUUAUUUGUUUAUUUAUUUAUUUAUUUAUUUAUUUAAUGUAUCAGUUUCUCUCUAAAGCCCUCAAGUCACAAAGUAAAGGGUUCAAGCAAUGGAGUAGUUACUCCCCCCAUUCUCCCCCCUCCCCCCGCCAGCCAGUCCAUAUUAAUUCCAGAAAACAGGCCUGAUGGGGGCACCAGAGAG